AACGCUAUUACCGAACCUUUUUUAGUUAUGCAAAUUUUGUUGAAGUUCUUUCUGUGGAGCACUCUUUGCCAUCUGUAGUGAGCUCCACCGAGAUCACACUUUACGUGAUAUUACUGACGUCUGUGACCAUUAAAACGACAAGCGGUGUACUACAAGGGAUUGAAAGGUAGCGUGUUUCGCUAUGUUGUUCCAAGAGGUUUACGGUAAUUGGUCAUAAAGCUGGUAGCUUAGGACCUAGCAUAGCGUUUGCUAGCCGACGAGUUCGCCGGUACAGGCGGACCUCUUUGUCUGACAGGCGAAGCCGUGCUCUUUGUUAGGCUUUUCCCUUUGUCCACUCGGGGUGGGGGGGAAAGAGGAACUGUUCGCCGAGCCUUGCAUAUUUAUCCGGAGUGCCAACGUAUUUAGAAAAUGCAAGUCGCGAAAAAAUACUUCACAGAAGGCCUGAUUCAGUUGACCAUCUUGCUGAGUUUGAUUGGAGUUCGCGUGGACAUCGACAGCUACUUAGGCGGCUACUACUCGCCUCUGAUUGAAAUUAACUUGGGUCCUAGCUCAGCCUACACCCAGACACCCUUCCAUAAUUUAAGAGACACUCUCGGGGGAUACACCGUGCACCCUAAAUGCCCCGAGUUGGACUAUUUCUUUGCGAGUCGACGGCUCCUCGAGGAGGUUAGGACUCUCGGAUCUCCGCGCUUCCCUACCCAGCUGAACGCAUGGCUGGUGCACCAAGUGUCGGCCAUUGACAAGCCUGACGGUGGGCAGCCUUCAGCUAGCAGUGACGAAGAAACCGAACCGGGCCCAGAAAGCUCGGGGUACCAAGCGAGCGAUGAUAGGGACCUGGAGCUGCAGGGAACAUCGUCUCCAUCAGGGCCUUCUCUCAGUAGGGUUAUAAAAGAGGAGGAGGAGGAUGAUGAUGAUGUUGAAGAGGACAACGAAUCUGCUCCAGUCACUCAACUGGCACUCAGUUCCACUCUGGAACAAGAGAGUGUGCUUGACGGCUUCACUGCGCUGUGUGAGCCACCAUGUCAGCCACCUCCUACGGCUGACUUUGACCAGCACUGGACCAGUUUCCUGUCAAUGCCCGUCACUAACCUUGACGACUUGGACUCUCUUGUUACUGAGCGCCUGUCAGACCUGGACAUCGACGGCGGUAGCGGCAUCAGCCUGGAUGCCACUUUGCUGGAUGCCAUGGUGACAAGCGGCGGAGCAUUCGAUGUCAUGCAGGAGAGGUCUUUGUUCCGACAGGAGUCCACGGAUUCCACCGUCUCAGACGCUUCACCGGGCAUGGCCCUCGGCCUUGCUGCGCUCCCUUUUGCCUCAGUGUGUAACUUAAACGGCGGCACGUCAUUGCAAGGUGUGCUGGGUGACUGCCUGGAUGAGGCAGUCUUUGACCAGAUCAAUCAACUGGGUUUGGAGGGAUUGGAGUCCAUCGAUUCUCAUCUGAUGGGAUCUUUGGGCGGCAUGAACCCACAGGUUCUUGAGGAUUUAGACUCUGACUCUGGUCUCUCUUUGGAGAGCAGCUUUGGAGGUCCAGUCUCCCCAGACUCGUCCGAAAUGUCUUCAUCGUCUAGUUCGUACUGUGAAGAUGAGUGCGGCGCCACGGGUUACAGCAGUGAGGUGGAGUCCCUCUCCUCCAAAGGUGUCGUAGACCAUGCCGCCAUGUUCCCCCAUGUGGAUCUCAGUGAGAGUGUGUGGCACGACCACAGCUACUCAUCUCCCGCCUUCUUCAGCCCACCACUGGUCACUCUCCCCCGCAAAGGCAUCAAGGAGGAGCCCCUCAGCGAAGAUGAGGGGCCCAGUUUAGAGGAGCGGGAGCUGAGUCGGGACGAGCUGCGCGCCCGCGCCAUGUGCAUCCCGUUUUCCGUCCUGCACAUCGUCAACAUGCCCGUGGAGGAGUUCCUGGAGAUCGUCGACGGGCACGGGUUCUCCCCCGAGCAGGUGACGCUGCUCAGGGACAUCCGGCGGCGGGGGAAGAACAAGCUGGCUGCGCAGAACUGCCGCAAGCGCAAACUCGACGCCAUCUCGGGGCUCCAGGAGGAGGUGGACCGGCUCCACGCUCAAAGAGACCGGCUGCUGAGGGAGAAACAGGUCACGGCUAAGACGAUGGGGGCCGUCGGACAGCAGAUACAGCAGCUCACCAGAGAUGUCCUUGCUCGCCUGAGAGAUGACUCGGGACAGCCCCUGAACCCGGACCGAUUCACCCUGCAGUGCGGGGCCAACGGGAGGGUGGUGGUCCAGCCUGUAAGAAGGCCCGCCGUCUCCACAUCGAACAGCAGUAAGACGGACAAAAGGAAGAAGGGGAAAAAGCAGUGAUGCAGUACUUCUUUCUUCCAACUUAAAGCUGAACUUUCUUGCCUUUCUCUGGCUGCGGGAUCUCCUUACCCAGGUCUGCGUGCGUGUGAGUUGAACCACUGCUGUCGGGAGUCGAAAACGGCUAAAAGCUGCCGACAAAGGAGAAACUCUCAAAAAGAGUCAAUUCAAAAGAAAAUAAAAAUGACUUGUAGGGGGUGGGGUGGGAAAUGUCGCUUACACACUGGACAUCCUUUGCUUCUUUGAGACGAACACAUGGGGGGGUUGAAAGUUUCCGGGACUGUAUGUAAUGCAACCCCUCGCUUUCCGUGCCUGCAAAACUUCAAAACGGAUCACAAAUAAAUGCUGCCCGUUAUCUGACAGAAACGUCGGAGAUCAGGCAUGUUUACGCAUCAGCAUGGCCAGCCAGCAAAAGAUUAUAGUGAAGUCUUGUUUUUUUUAACGCAUCCUGUCAGUAUAUGGACGAUACAAACGCGUGGUCAAAGGCUGUAUUUAUUAAAGCAAUUUGAAGUCGAAGAAAUGCUUACAUGCAUCAAAUACUGUCAAUGGCAGUGUCUUAUUUCUUUUAUGGUAACUGUACACUUGAGUGAUUCGCAUAAUGGGAAAUUUACGUAUCUGAAGUUUACAGCUUUGUUUCAGAUUUUCGGAAGUGUAUGCUUUAUUAAAGUAAACGGAGAGCUUG